CGAGCUCAAUCCCGCCGUCAAAGAACUGUGGCCCGCGUAUGACGAGCAUUCGCCCGACUGUAAACAGCGUGCCGAGGACAAGACGGCUGUAACCUAGCUAGACGUCCCCACCGCCAACCCCUCGGAAACAAGAGGUCUCUUGCGAGAGCCUCUUUUUCCCCAUGCAGAGGCGCUCGUCAGAGUCGUCCGAAGACUGCGUCGAUGCUCCCCUCAAGGCUUCGCGCCCUCAAGGACAGACGAGGCUGAACGACUCGGCUGCUCCCGUUCGACCCCCCCACGACAACCGCCAGCCAGAUCGACCCCAGAAUUCGGGCACAAGAUCUUUGUCUGCGACGAGCCGGAGACCGAGCAGUAACGUCAACUGGAGGCUUGGCCACAGCCGAGAUGGGUCCGCCGAGAAAGAAGCCGCAGGCUCCCAUCCUCCGUCCAUCGCAUUAUCCGCCGAGUAUGCAGGCGUAGGCGGCGAACGAACCCUUUCGUCAAAGCCGAACGCUCACCAGCCGCAAUCCCGAAAUCCCUGGGUUAUAUCGCUCCUGACGCUUCUCACCAGUCUGGUGGGCAUCGGCCUGCUACUCGCCGUCGUAUAUUCUGCGGCUGCCUUGCAUUGCGACCCCAAGGGAUGUCGCAUGUCUUGGAUGAGCCCUUCCUACGCCAAGUUCGACGACUUCGAUACCGAACACACCCGGCUCGCAUCCAAGUAUUCGUUGUAUCUAUAUCGAGAGCAAGGGUUUGAUAACGUGCCCAAGAUUAAGGGCAUACCGGUGCUAUUCAUACCGGGAAAUGCCGGCAGUUAUAAGCAGGUCAGAUCCAUUGCCUCAGAAUCGGCUAGGUAUUUUCACGAUGUCCUGCAGCACGAUGCGGCCUCUUUGAAUGCGGGGGCCAGGAAUUUAGAUUUCUUCACCGUCGACUUCAAUGAGGACUUUACUGCCUUCCAUGGCCAAACCAUGCUUGACCAGGCCGAAUAUGUGAACGAAGCCAUCAGGUAUAUCCUUUCUCUGUAUUUGGACCCGAAGAUUUCGGAACGGGACCCCAGCCUUCCAGACCCAUCUUCGGUCAUCAUACUAGGCCAUUCCAUGGGAGGGAUUGUGGCUCGGACGAUGUUCAUUAUGCCGAACUACCAGCCCGACUCCGUCAACACGAUUCUCACCAUGUCCGCUCCGCACGCUCGACCGCCCGUCACAUUCGAUCCGCAGAUUGUCCGAAUCUACAAUGACAUCAACAACUACUGGAGGCAGUCGUAUUCGAAGAAAUCGUCAGCCGAAAACGCCCUUGGCCAAGUGACUCUAGUGUCUAUCGCCGGUGGCGGUCUAGACACUGUUGUCCCGUCAGACUAUGCAGGUCUAGAGUCUAUCGUCCCCGAAACCCACGGGUUUACCGUUUUCACGUCUACAAUUCCUAGCGUUUGGACCAGCAUGGACCACCAGGCAAUUACGUGGUGCGAUCAGUUCCGAAAGGUUAUUGUCCGCGCGCUAUACGAUGUUGUGGACAAUCGUGGAAGAUCGCAGACCAAAUCACGAGUGGAUAGAAUGAAGGCAUUCAAGAGACGGUUCCUUACCGGGUUGGAGAGCUUUGUCGAGAAAACGUUGCCGGAAAUCACUUCAUCCACGCUGCUCACGCUAGAGGAGAACUCUACCACCGUGAUCUCCUCGAGUGAGCGCCUCGUCCUUCGCAGCUUAGGUUCAACCAAGCAGCGAAGAGCCUACCUUCUUACCCGGCCGGCUGACGAAUCCGCCGCGGGAAAAAAGCUUACUCUGUUGUCGGACAGCAAACUGGACCGGCCCGGCGAGGAUGGGAAACUUGAGGUCCUUUUGUGUGGCUCCUAUCUCCCCCACUCAGGGCAAGUCAACAUACCGUUUUCGAUGGACGUCGACCUGUCUGGCGGUGGUGGGGAGUCGAUCAAGCUUGCCUGCAAGAACGUCGCGACCGAUGUGUUGUCUUUACCAGCAUCGUCUCGAGUGACGGAAGCCCCAUUUUUCAAAGCGGACGAGUCGCAGAUUCCACCAUUUUCAUACCUCGAGUACGAAAUCGAAGACAUCUCGGAAUACGACUACGUCGCGAUCAUCGACAAGACUGGCUCGCCAACGACCGGAUGGCUAGUAGCGGAAUUUAGUGACACGGCGGAUACCCAUUUGACUCGACAUAUCAGCCUCAGACGUCUGCUCAGUUUCGGCCUGUCGCUACGCCUUCCUGCCGGCCGGGCGAUGGUCGCCGAAGUAAAACUCCCCUCUGUCCAGAGCAGCCUGUUAGCAUACAAUCUCAAGAUCGAAGGCCGGGCUUGUAACGAACGGGAUCAGCUGUUCGCCCCCUUGAUCCGGCAGUAUCUCUCUCAGCCGUACGAGUCCAAGUAUUUUGUCAACGCCAAGGAUGUGGAGAUCAGCCUGCACGGCGUCUCGCCGUACAUACCUUCACCCGCGAGGGCUAAGCAGCUCGAUGACGGUCUCAGUCUUCAGUUCUGGACAGAUCCUACUUGCGGCUCGAACCUGUCAAUCCGCAUAACGGUCGAUUGUAUGGGCAGCCUCGGGAAGCUGUACAUGCGCUAUCGUACCGUAUUCGCAUCAUUCCCCUUACUAGUAGUUGCGCUCGUGUUGCGAAAGCAAUUCCAGACCUACGACAAGACAGGCGUCUUCAUUUCCUUUUCGGAGAGUCUAGACUUCUGCCUAAGGCGUUCGUUGCCAAUGCUUCUCCUGUCUAUGACUCUCCUGUCGCUUUCGAUGGGCCAGUCAGGCUCGACGAGGCCCAACAGCCCCUGGUUUUGGCAAAAUGGUACCACAGCCGUCGAUUCCGUCCAGAACGACUUGUUGGUGGGAACAUCAGAUCCAUUCUUCUGGUUCCUGAUCCCCAUGAUCGGCAUCAUCUGCGUCGGCGUGUGCAUGGCUCUCCACUAUGUAACUCUGCUCCUUACUUGGACGCUCAGUAUCAUCUACGGCUGGGUAUUCCUUUGGCCGGCAACGCCGCAUGAGAAGAAGCGCGCGUCAUCACCAGCCUUUACGCCCUCGUCACCCCGGGGACGAUUUGCGACCGCCGGGGUCCUACUCUUACUGGUCUCGACGUUCAUUCCCUAUCAGUUCGCAUAUGUAGUCGCCUGUCUCGUGCAGUUAAGCACCGCCGUCCGCGCUCAUCGGUCCGCGCGCGAAACUCAGUCGCCCGCAAGUGUCAGCUUCAGCAACUACGUUCACUCGAUUCUUCUCCUGAUGGUCUGGGUUCUGCCGAUCAACCUGCCUACCUUGGUCGUCUGGGUUCGAAACUUGGCCGUCCGCUGGUUCACGCCGUUCUCGUCUCACCAUAACGUGCUGUCGAUCCUGCCGUUCAUUCUUCUAGUCGAAACCCUGACUACUGGUAAGAUGGUCCCGCAAGUGGCAAGCCGAUUUCGUUUCCUGACGAACGUCUUGUUCUUCGGCAUAGCCAUCUACGCAGCUAUUUACGGCGUGUCGUACGCGUAUAUGCUACAUUAUCUAGUAAACCUAGUCGCAGCGUGGCUUGUGGUAGUACACUCGACGUCGGACUCCUGGAUACUUGCCGGGUUAAGCUCUAUAUUCGACGGUGAGUCGGCCGACGACCGCAAGCAGGGCAAAACCCCUUGAUCGACCAGCACUCGUAUGUUGGCUCGAGCACCGCGUGCAGUGUAUAGAUAUAUGUCUAUCCAGGAACUCUAUUUUUUGUAUAUCAUAUCUGAGAUCGUUGGAUAUGAGAACACAUUUGCAAGGAGGCGUUUUAUUCGACUUUGCCAUCCUUUGUAUAUACUCGUCAGAAUCCGCUCAACCGGCCCCCGUCAAGGUCAGCCGUCUUCUUUUUCCUGGGACUCUCCUCGACGACCUCGGCCGAGCCGGAUCACUUCCUUUUCGCGAAAUUCCCGCGCCCAGUUCCGCAGCUUGGCGUUUGCCUUUUACCAUGGUUUGGAGUUCGGGUUCAACGGCGGUUUGAGUAGUUGCGCAGCGGUGGGUGCGCUAAUUUCGCCAUUCUGGCCAUCUCACGCCAUGUCGGCUCGCCGGAUACCGGCCGUAAAAGUUGUGCAGUAUGGAAUGGGUUGGCGUCGUGGA